AUGAGACAGAAAGUUCUACAAGCGGCCUGGUCCAAAAAGGAGAUCGUAGUAGGAGGGAACCGCAUCUUCUUCUCGCAAGACUUCUCCUGCAAAAUACAAGCCGAAAGAAGCAGGUACUCCGCGCUACGUAAACAACUACGGCAGAAGAACGUGAAGUCGCACAUUGUUUACCCAGCAAAAUUACGCGUCUUCCUGGACGGCAAUGAGACGAUCUACUCAAGCCUAGAGGACGCAUCUCGGAACCUGAAGAAAAUCGGGCUGCUGGACCAGGGGGAGCCCGUAACACAAGAGACAGAAGCUGGACACGCUCCAUUUAAGAAAGUCAAGCCAGCCUCAUUUGGCAGCUUCCGGUGUGCUUGUUUUGAUCACGUCUACAGCCACAUCGGGAUCAGGCUGGUAGCUUCUUGA